AUGUCGAGCAGCAACAGCAACAUCAACGCUCUGUUGAAAAAGACAGAACACUAUGACAAAGAUGAGCGAUAUAUGGCGACAUCUGAUUUGUGCGAAGUCUUGAAGCGUCAUGCUUCUCGCGACACAGGCGGCAGUUCUUCCGUCGGGAGUUUGGAUUCUUCCACGGAGCGUCGCAUUUGCACGGCCGUCUUGCGAUUGUUGCAUGACAAAUCGAACGAUGUCCAAGCCAUUGCCGUCAAGACGUUGGGGGUUCUCUUGACGACGGUAGGACAAGAGCAAGUGCUGGAAAUUGCCGACAGUUUGGCCGAUCAAGUGCUCGAUGCCAGCAAGAGCGAAUUGCGUGAUGUCUAUGCCAUUGGAUUACGAACUCUGGUCAAGACCAUUCCUCAAUCCAUGGGUCAUGAAGUUAGUAAACGUCUGGUGGGACGUCUCUUGGAAGGAAUUCGCACUUCGGACAAUCAAGAAAUUGUCCUGGCGUGUCUGGAUAUUCUGACGGAUUUACUGGGACGCUUUGGAGCCACGGCGCUCAGUGUCACACGACAACAUGAACCCAUCUUGCAAAUGUGCUUGACUCAGCUCGGCGCAGAAAGUCCCGUCGUCCGAAAACGAGCCGGCAACACUAUUGGAUGUUUGAGUGUCGUCUUGAGCGAUGCACUCCUCACCCGCAUGGUACAGGCAUUGUUGGGACAAAUUGAUCGAGCCGAACAGCAGCCAUCGUCUGGAAAGGAAGUCAUCGACACGCGAGCAUUGAUUCGAACCAUGUGCACAGUGUCGGGAGCCGUGGGACAUCGAUUGGGACAAGGACAAAUUGAUCGCAUCUUGCCCAUUUUCUUGAAAUUCACAAAUCCAGAGGAUGCCGCCACAGGAGACGACGACGAUGACGGAGAAGGCGCCAAUGGUGGUGACGAUGAUGCCGCCAUGGAAGAUCCGGCCAUGUCACAAGACUCGGAAGAUGAAACCGCCAUGGCGUUGAAAAAUGAACUACGGGAGUCCUGUUUCAUGGGGUUCGAGUCGUUCGUUUUGCGUUGUCCAACCGAAGUGGAGCCGCAUUUGGAUAACAUUGUCCGACGAUCGGCUAUUCGGGCAUUGAAGGCGGUUGUCGAAGCCAAGAAGCAUGAUCCCUCCACCCUUUGGUCCAAAAGCUAUCCCGUCCGAAAGAGCAAAUCUUCUAUUGUCGCUACUGCUCUCGUCAACCGAUUCAAGGAGCGGGAAGAAAAUUGCCGGGUCGGCGUCAUUGAUUGUUUCACUCGACUGCUAGAUGUGACAGUCGCAGCAGCUCAUUCUGGAGUAAUUGCCUUUGCGGAUCCCAAUGCCAUGGACACUACCGCGAACAGUGCAAGCACCACUAUUGAUUUGCGCAAUCAGUAUGCGCCUCAGCUCGUCAAGGCAUGCGAAAAAUUGCUCAGUGUCAAGAAAGGAGGGGAACGAUCCAAAUCAAAUGCGUUGAUGCUCCUAUCAACGCUCUGCACUGCGCCUGGAGGUGUCGGUGGCGGCAGCGAAGUGGCCUCGGUGUUCCAGCAUGUCCAAACGUUCUUGGCCACCAAUGGUGAUCAAGCUCUGCACCGAGAAGGAACCAGUAAAGCGUUGCGAUUGGAUGCCCUCUCACUGGUGCGAGCCAUGUUGGUCAGUGGCAAUCACGAUCCUGUUCAUAUCCAGCAGGGGUUGCGACAGUCACUUUUACCGGAGCUCUGCGAAGCGGUCAAAGAACAAUGGUACAAAGUCAUCGCGGAGGCGCUUCGUGCUUUGGCGGCAGUUCCUCGAUUCUUUAUCGUUGGCUGGACUGAUCAAGAUGAUGAAGCCAGUCAAACAAAGGAGAAAGAGAAGGUGGCGAGUCACCUUUACGUUGCUAUCGAACCCUUGUUGUCUGCACACGACGUAGAUCAAGAGAUCAAGGAGUGCGCCCUCAAAGCCUGUGCCUCGCUGUUGUCUUCGUUGCAUUCCAGCUUGAAGGUCGAGCAAAAAGAUCGAUUAUUGCAGUUGCUCUUGGAGCGACUCAAGAACGAAACCACUCGCAUUGCUGCGAUUAAGACAAUCUCCGCGAUUGCCGCUUCUUCUGGAUCCCCUGGUGUCGGCGAAGAAGACGCCAUGGACGUGGACCGACAAGGAAAGAUCGACUUGUCCCCCAUUUUGGUGGAUUCCAUCUCAACCAUGGCAUCCUUCCUUAAGCUUCAGUCUCGAUCCUUGAAGCAAUCGUCAUUGGAAGCUUUGGAUACGAUUGUGACCAAUCACGGUUCUGCCUAUGCCGAAUUGGCAAACGGGGAGUUGUAUGCCAUGGUUUUGCAAGAGCUUGCUCCUCUGGUCGUUGACAGCGACCUUCAUCUUAGUCACUUGAGCUUACGCGCAGCCAUUUCUGUUCUGAAAGAGUGUCCAGCAUGUGGUCCAGCAGUGAAGGCUCAUGUGUUGCCAAACUCGUUGGUUCUUUCUACGUCCCCUCUGUUGCAGGAUCUUGCGCUCGAUUCUCUCUUGGCGCUCUUGGAGCAGAUUGUCCUGAGCAACGCCGUGGAGUUUUCGGACCUGUUGGUCAUGCUACGAGAACGUCUCAAGGAAGAGAAAAUUGGAAAGCAUGCGAUUUACAAUCUGGCCAAGUGCAUCGCCAUCAUUACUGCCACCACCACCCCCGAGAAUCGCCAAGGUGUGGUUGAUGAAACCCUCGUUUUGUUGGACAAGGCAGAAACUCCUGACACCAGCGCUGAACUUCGACGUGUUCAGUUGGCCCUGCUUGUCUCUGGGGAUUUGGGACGCAUGGUUGAUUUGAGUACGCUCAGCGGAGGAGUGGCAGAGCGGCUUCAAAAGAUCUACAUGGAGUAUUUCUUGUCGUCUUCAGAGGAUCUGAAGCAUGCAGCUGCAUUUUCUUUGGGCCGCGCCUCCGUUGGUUCUCAGUCAGUUUUCCUACCCGUCAUUGUCAAUACAAUGGACGAGAAGAACCAAAAGAAGCAGUAUUUGCUGUUGUCUGCGCUACGUGAAUACAUCAAGUGCAGCUUUCAUCAAUCGGGAGGGGAUGGCAUUGCCCCGAGUCUGCCUGUCGUCUUGCCGCACUUGGAAGCACACUGCAAAGAGGAAGAGGAAGGUGUUCGGACGAUGGUUGCCGAGUGCCUUGGCUCCUUGACUUGUAUGCAGCCUGACACUAUGCUCAAGAAGCUGUCAGAGAUCCAAUCUGCGCACAUGGAGAUCAAUGCCCCUGGCGGUGUCGUUCCUAGCGACGAUACCAAAUCCAAGGAGAACUCGCUCGUAUGUUGGACUGUAGCAACUUCUUUGAAACUCGCCAUUGCUGGAAAGGUCGAUUCAACCGAGCUGGCGAAGUACAUGCCUGGAUACUUGAAAUUGUUGCAGCAGAAGGAACUCCAUGUCCGCAAUGCUGCCCUCCUCAUGACAUACUCGGCUGUCCACCACAUGCCUCAGGUGGUGUCCGGGCUCAUGAAGGACGAAAUCAUGCCAUCGCUUUACGAUGUUGCAGAGUUGAAAUUGGAACGCAUCGUGGAUCUCGGUCCCUUCAAGCACACGGUGGACGACGCCUUGCCGCUUCGAAAGGCCGCUCUCAGCAUCUUUGCUACCUGCUUGGAGAAGUUGCCGGCAAGCAUGGACAUUGCGGCUUUCAUGCCUGUGCUGGCCAAAUCGUUGGGUGAUGUCGAAGACAUUCAGCUCCACGCUCACCACAUUUUGAUCUCCAUGUGUUUGCGGCAGCCUACGUACCUGGUUGCUGCCAUUGAGACUUUCGUGGAACCUUUGGAGAAGACUAUUCACAAGAAGGCCGGGCAGAAGACAGGCACAGAGUUGGAGCGAUUGAAUGACUGGAUCAAGAGCUCUUUGAGAGCCAUGUUGGCGCUCAGUCGAUUGGAUGGGGCCAUGAAUGCACGCAAGUUCGCGGAAUUCCAUCAACGCACCACUUCGAACAGCAAGUUUCGCCCAGUUCUUGAUGCUCUAGAAGGCGAUACUACUUCAUAG